AUGCGACCAGACGAAAUGUUCCCUGAAAAGUAUCACUGGACCAUCUUUUCCAUCCCACCUGGCGGGACCUGGCAGAAACACUCGUCCGGUACUGUCAUCACUAUCUACGAGGACACGGGUUCCAACAUUGAGGACUGGCAAGCCCGGGCAGAGAGCUUCGAGGACAUGAAGAAGCGUGCCUCCAGGAAGCUUGAUGUCGCAGCCUUCUACGACCAGCUGAAGUCUAUCGGCAUGGACUACGGGCCCUUGUUCACCAAUGUCGUUGACGCCACCAUACUGCCGGGUGAGCAAACAGGUCUUGCGACUGUGUCCAUCCCGGACACCAAGUCUACGAUGCCACAGGGCGUCGAAUUCCCGCACCAUAUCCACCCGGCAACGCUCGACGCAAUCUUUCACCUCAUCUUCAUCGCCCUUUUUGAAGGAUAUCCCAUGGACGAAGCAUCCAUUCCGGUGACGGUCGAAACCAUCUUUAUCGCGACGGACCAGCCUUCUGGUGCGGGAUCCAAGUACGUCGGGUUCUCAAAGGCGAGGAAGACCAACUCUAGAGAGGCGUGUGGCGAUAUCAUCAUCUCGGAUGAGAGCUGGUCGGGACCCAAGAUCGUCAUGCGGAACAUGGUGGUCCGUCAGGUAUCAUCCACUGAUGAUAAGUCUCAGAGCUCAUCGUCGCCCUUCUCUCAAACACCAAAGAGGGUCGGCCGACUUGAGUGGAAGGAAGACGUCGAUGCGCUUGCGGGCAAGGUAGCAUCACAGGCCCUCUGUGCAGGUGGAUGUCAGGACCGUUUCACCGGUCUGAGCAACCCUGACUUGGCUGCGUACUUGGAACUUCUUACCUAUAAAGAAGCAGAUCUGAGGCUUCUUGUCCUUCAUGCCGAGGAGAACCAUGAACUGCAAUCUUUGGCAACCAUCUUCGCACCGCAAGAGGAGCGAGGCCUUCGCGCCGCCGACAUCAAGUUUGCUGCGCCGUCUCAAGAGCUUGCAAGGCAAUUGCAUUCCCAGCUUGCAGCGAUGCAAUUUCCGCUGCCCAAUAGUUCCGAUCUUAUAUACGUGCCAUCAACUGCAGCCCUAGCAGAGGAUUCGUCCAAUCAACUUGUUGAGGACCUGGGUAUGUUUGACAUCGUCAUCGGGGACAGUCGACAGUUACUCGAUGGUGAUGGGGACAUCGGGCUGUCUCACAUCAAGUCCCUUCUACAUCCCGGUGGUCGAGUCGCUUUAGUUGGAGACAAGGUGUCUGCCGCCGACAAUCUAAGUGGCGCCGGCUUCGCCCCGGUUGAUAUCGACUUCAAAAACGCAAUCGUUUCCUCAACAAAGGUCCAGAAGAAGCUGGACAUUUCGGAGAUCAACCUGAUUGUCCGGCUCUCGCCUUCGACGGCAGCUUUGAGAGUCCAGGAGGUCUUGAAACGGAAAUUGGAGAGCUCAGGGGUCGCGGUCAAGAGCUGCCUCCUCUCCGAGGCCGCCACUUCUGGAUCUGAGAUCUUUAUCUCCCUUCUGGAGUUCGAUGAGCCUUGGACAAUCAAUCUAACUGCCCAAGACCUGGACGAGUUCCGAUCCUUGGUUUUCGGCGCCAAGUACCUUCUAUGGCUGACGAACGGCGGCAUCGCCGACAGAAGUGAGGCGUCACUGGCCUUCUCCCCUACCACCGGCUUGCUGCGCACUAUUCGAACCGAGGUGCCGCAAAUCGUGCUCCCACAUCUAGAUCUCUCUAUGACUUCGGAGCUCGGCCCUGAAGAACAGACAAACUUGGCAUUGGAGGUGUUGAGCCUUAGCAGGAAAGACCUAUACAAAGGGAAGAAUAACGAGAUGGAGUUUCUCGAGUCUGGAGGCAGGCUUCUGAUUCCUCGGGCCGUGGCAGACUUGCCCUCUGACCAUGAACUGGCGUUGCGUUCUGGUCAGCUGAAGUCGGUUCCACGCGGAUUGUGGGCGGCUGGCGAGCCUGGGGACUCAACUCCUUUGAAGUUUGACGUCGCUGGGUCCGGUGUCUGGAUCGCGGACACAACCCAGAGUAAACCUCUCAACAACGAGGGGAUUGAGAUCCAGACCAGCCACAUAUGCAUCAACGGCUCUGACCUUACUCGAUCAUCAGGCCAAUUUGGUACCACAAUGGCGACGGAGGCUCUGGGACGUGUGGUCCGUCUUGGUUCCGAGGUCCCGAACCUCAAAAUUGGUGAUGAAGUCGUAGUCCUGGUUGAUGAAAGCGCAUUCAAGACACAUAUCAGACAGCACUUCAGCCUGGUCCAGAAGAUUCCGGAUGAUGUCAAGUCUGAGCUCGCCGUUUCUCUACCGUUGAGCUUCAUGACGGCCUACCACGCCAUCGUUGAAGUUGGUCGUCUUGCAGCAGGCGAGACCGUCCUGAUCCACGCCGUGCAUGAUGCCGUUGGACUUGCUGCCCUUCAGAUUGCGACACAGCUAGGUGCGGCAGCGGUGUAUAUCACAGCCAAUAACGAUGAGACGGCAUCGGAGCUAUUGACCGAGUACAACAUUCCCCAGAGCCAUAUCAUCCGAGCAGAGGACGGUGACACCGUCUCAACGACCGCCAUGAAGCUAACUUCCGGGCACGGCGUCGACAUUGUCAUCAGCGCUGCGUCGGGCACAUCAUUGUACUCAGCCACGAAGACGGUUGCUUCCUGGGGCCGGUUCGUACGCAUCGGCACCGAUAGGGCUCGUCCCCAGGACAUUAGCGCCGCUGUAUUCGAGCGCAACGCCUCCAUCUCGUCUGUCGAUGUCAGACAGCUCCCCCAUGAGAGGCGCGCCCGGCUGCUCGCGAUGGCGUUCGGAUUCUUGCGGUCCGGACUUGUGAAAGAACGGUCUCUUGUGACUAGUGUACGCGCCGUGAAAGACCUGAGCGACAUCUUAUCCUCAGCUACCGUCGAGCAGGGCAACAUUGUCAUCGAGCUUGGGGAAAAAGCCGUGGUGCCGGUUUUACCGCGACCGCCGGCUCCGCCCCAAUUGGAUGCCGACGCAAGUUACCUCAUCUCCGGUGGCCUAGGUGCUCUCGGCCUAACUAUCGCGAAGAACAUGGCUCUUCAUGGCGCUCGGCACUUGGUCCUUCUAUCGCGGUCUGGCGUCGUGAACGCUAGGCAAGAAGACGCCAUCCAGGACAUCCGCGAUCUCGGCUGCGAGGUUGACACUCCCAAAUGCGACGUCACAAUACACUCAGAAGUUGAAGAUGCGAUCCGAAGAUGUGAAACGAGCGGACGAAGGCUUCGAGGCGUGAUACAAUGCGCCAUGGUCCUUCAAGACUCCAUCUUGCAGAAUAUGACCAUCGAGAAAUGGAACACCGCGACGCGUCCUAAGAUUGUGGGGACGUGGAAUCUCCACUCCACGGUGCCCACAGACCUCGACUUCUUCAUUCUUCUGUCCUCCAUGUCCGGCAUCAUCGGUAACAGCGGACAGGCAAAUUACUGCGCGGGCAACGCGUACGAGGAUGCCAUCGCGCUUCACCGUCGGUCCCUGGGGCUAGCGGCGACGACGUUGAACGUUGGGCUGGUGACGGACGCGAGCCAUUUCAAUGCGACGUCUACGGCCGACGAUUACCUCAGAAAAUAUGGCCACUGGGAGUCGGCGAGGGUGACGGACGACGAGAUGCAGGCCGUCAUCGAAGCCGUCCUCCGCCAGAGUGCCAGGGAUCUGCCGGAGCAGCUCCUCGUCGGCAUCACGGACGAUGUGAAACGCGACGGUCGCGCAGCAUGGCCCCAAGACCGCAAGUUCGAGCACCGCAUCGCGCGAACUGGGUCGUCUGCCGCUAGUGCAGACCCUAACGGCGCGAACGCGGAGAGACUCGGAGACGGGUUGAGCCGGGCAAAGACGUUGAAAGAGGCUGUUGUGGUGGUUCUCGGCGCUCUCAAGGCGAACCUUGCGGCGGCCAUGACAGCCAGUCCAGACGACAUCGAUGAGGAGAGGCCGCUGUAUAGCUUUGGUGUCGAUUCGCUCAAGGCGGUCGAGGUGCGCAAUUGGAUCUUCAAGGAGCUACGAUGCGACGUGUCUGUUUUUGAUAUUCUGAGCCCGAGCCCGCUCGCUAAGUUGGGGCCGAGGAUCGUGGCUAGGAGCGCGCUAACGCCACCCGAGAUUGCAAGUCAGGCGUUAGCGGAGGCAUAA